AUGCCUCUGUCCACCGUUACGAAUCUCGAGCGAUACAAACGUUACUCACCAACAAACCAUUUGUAUGGAUAUACAGAUACAUGUUUGACAAACGAUGAAAUUUAUGUAACAGUAGGUGAGAAACGAAAGCUAGUUCCCGGUAGUACAGUACCAUCGAAAGUGAAAGGGAUAUUUAUUAUCUGCAAAAAUUUAAGAACAUGGUCGUUUUCUUUCAAAUUUUCACCUCUUGGACAUGGUAAGAAUCUUCUGACUGCGUUGCUACAUCACGCUUUUCCUAGCAGGCACCAACUGUUGUUUGCUUACGAUUACAAAGAGGCUUAUUACAGUAGUCUUGACAAAAAUGUACGACUAUUUCGAGAUAUUUCGGACUGGCAGAACGAAUUGAAAAGAACAUUAUGUAAUGACGAAACAAGAAAAGGUUGGAGAUUAUCAAUGGUUAAUGCCAAAUUUCAACUUUGCCCUAGUUUAUCCCAAUAUGUAGUGGUACCUGCGUCUGUGACUGAUAGUCAAUUGACAGAUGCAGCUAGACAUUUUCAAGGUAAUAGACCGCUAGUAUGGUCUUGGACAAAUGUGCAUGGUGCGGCAUUAGUAAAAAUGUCAGAAUUAUUACCAACGAUUACAGAGAGAAUGCAGGAGAAUAUUAUGUUUGAAAAUGUUCGUAAAAGCCAUCCUCAAAAAAUACCACCCGUUGUUAUCGAAUUAAAUAAAGAAAUUAAUGUUAAGUUAAUAGCAGCAAGUUUUGCCAAAUUUAUUAGCUUAUGCACUCCAGAAAACAUCAGAACAAUUUGGAUUCAGGAUAAUAAUUUUUAUUCUUUGUUAGAAAAUACAAAGUGGCUCAAGUACAUAUCGUAUUGCCUACAAAAGACAGUCGAAGUCUGUGACCGUCUUAAUUUAGGAAUUUCUGUCAUCUUACAAGAAGGUGCCGCUAGAGACUUGUGCUGCGUUAUAUCGAGUUUAGCGCAACUGUUGCUGGAUCAUCAUUUUCGUACUAUCGCAGGUUUUCAAUCGUUAUUACAAAAAGAAUGGGUCGCGGGUGGCCACCCGUUUUGCGAUAGAUUAGGUCAUAUAGUGAAAGCUAAUUCGGAAAAGUCUCCAUUGUUUCUCUUAUACCUCGAUUGUGUUUGGCAAUUAUGUCACCAAUAUCCAACGGAUUUUGAAUUUACGGAAACAUAUUUGACCACGCUAUGGGACGCGGCGCAUGUUUCCAUCUUCGAUACCUUUAUCUUCAACUGUGAGAGAGAUCGCGCAGUGGCAGCUUUGGAUCCCAACACUCCUCUCGUUCUUCGUAGCGUUUGGGACUGGCGAGAACAAUUCAACGAUAAGGAUAUCUCCUUGUUUUACAAUCCUUUAUCCUACCUAAGGUCGGGAUAUAGGUCAAGACAUAGAUCAGAUCGCACGGUGUAA